GUGGCGGCGGCGGCGGGGCCCGGCGACGGCGGCGGCGGCGGCAGCAGCAGCAGCGGGUAGAAAAUGGCGGAUUUCGAGGAGCUGCGGACACAUUAAUAUAUUACACAUGCCAGCUGGUUUGGGAGUUAACUUUUCACUGAAACUCCACAUAUUGAUCUGAAGUGAACUUAAAAUGAUGGAAUGUAAUGGACAGACUCAACAUAAUGAAUUUCUGUGUUGGUGAUGUAGAGAUCUUUAGGUUGCAAUUAACAUUCAUCGUAGUUAAAAAGAAUAUGGUAUCGAGUUUUCGUGUUUCUGAACUGCAAGUAUUGUUGGGCUUUGCUGGACGUAAUAAAAGUGGGCGGAAGCAUGACCUCCUGAUGAGGGCACUGCACUUACUGAAGAGUGGCUGCAGCCCAGCAGUUCAGAUAAAAAUCAGAGAACUCUAUAGGCGUCGGUACCCAAGGACAAUUGAAGGACUUUCGGACUUAUCGACGAUAAAACCUGCAGUUUUCAAUUUGGACAGUAGUUCCUCUCCUGUAGAGCCCGACUUAGCUGUUGCUGGAAUUCACCCGCUCCCGUCUACAUCAGUUGCACCUCAGUCUCCCUCGUCGCCUGUCAGUUCGGUGCUUCUCCAAGACACUAAGCCGCACUUUGAGAUGCAGCAGCCAUCCCCUCCGAUUCCACCUGUUCAUCCUGAUGUUCAACUGAAAAGCCUACCUUUCUAUGAUGUGCUUGACGUGCUCAUCAAACCUACGAGCCUGGUACAGAGCAGUAUUCAGAGGUUUCAAGAGAAGUUUUUUAUCUUUGCUUUAACACCUCAGCAGGUCAGAGAAAUUUGUAUUUCCAGGGACUUCUUGCCAGGAGGCAGGAGAGAUUACACAGUCCAAGUUCAGCUAAGGUUAUGCCUAGCAGAGACAAGCUGCCCUCAAGAAGAUAAUUACCCUAAUAGUUUGUGUAUUAAAGUAAAUGGAAAGCUGUUUCCGUUGCCGGGAUAUGCUCCACCGCCAAAAAAUGGAAUUGAACAGAAGAGGCCUGGACGCCCCUUGAACAUAACAUCUCUAGUUAGGUUGUCAUCUGCAGUGCCAAACCAGAUUUCCAUUUCCUGGGCUUCUGAAAUUGGAAAGAAUUACUCCAUGUCUGUGUAUCUCGUUCGUCAGCUUACUUCAGCUAUGCUUUUGCAGAGGUUAAAAAUGAAAGGUAUCAGAAACCCUGAUCAUUCCAGAGCACUAAUUAAAGAAAAACUAACUGCAGAUCCUGAUAGUGAGAUUGCCACAACCAGUCUGCGAGUAUCUCUGAUGUGUCCUCUGGGGAAGAUGAGACUGACAAUCCCGUGCCGGGCUGUUACUUGCACACACCUGCAAUGUUUUGAUGCUGCUCUUUAUCUUCAAAUGAAUGAAAAGAAGCCUACCUGGAUUUGUCCUGUCUGUGACAAAAAGGCAGCUUAUGAGAGCCUAAUAUUAGAUGGACUCUUUAUGGAAAUCCUAAAUGAAUGUUCAGAUGUAGAUGAAAUUAAAUUCCAAGAAGAUGGUUCAUGGUGUCCUAUGAGGCCUAAGAAAGAAGCUGUGAAAGUCUCAAGUCCACAGUGCACCAAGAUAGAAAGUUCCAGUGUUGUUAGCAAGCCAUGUGCUGUGACAGUGGCCAAUGAAGUAAGCAAGAAGAAAGUUGAUGUUAUUGACUUGACAAUAGAAAGCUCCUCUGAUGAAGAGGAAGAUCCACCUGCCAAAAGGAAGUGCAUAUUUAUGUCUGAAACACAAGGAAGCCCAACCAAAGGGGUUCUCAUGUAUCAGCCAUCUACUGUAAGAGUGCCCAGUGUGACAACGGUUGAUGCUGCUGCUAUUCCUCCUUCAUUAACAGACUACCCAGUACCAUUCCAUCAUCCACCAAUAUCCAGUAUUUCAUCGGACUUGCCAGGUCUGGAUUUUCUUUCAUUAAUCCCAGUUGAUUCACAGUACUGUCCUCCUAUGUUUUUGGAUAGUCUCACCUCAACCUUAACAAGCAGCACGCCUGGCAGCAUCAUCACAUCAACCAGUCACCACGAGAGCAGCACUCACGUUAGCUCCUCGAGCAGGAGCGAGACUGGAGUUAUAACCAGCAGCGGAGGCAGCGCUCCCGACAUCAUCUCACUGGACUGAAACAAGCGGCAGCAUGGGACUCCAGGAGAAAUAGCACAGCUGCUUGUGUCUCGAACUGCAAUGUCUUGGAAGUUAUUCCAAUAUUUAUUGAAAAGAUUUGCCUUCUGAAAAGUGGAGUAAAUUCAUUUACACUAAGAACAAAAGUGAUUAGAAUUUUUUUCUUGCUCAUUAAGUAGCUGGUAGAGAAGAGGCCCUUUCAGAACCUGUUUUUACCCUUUUGGCUUGUUCUGGGAAAACUGAUGUUUUUGUUGCUGGAUGGAGUCCAAAAAUGGUUUUUAAUUUUGUUGUCAGAACAGCAAUAAUGUAAAAAAACCACUUUUUUAAAAAUUAAGAUAAGGCACUUAACUACUCUAGAACAACAGCCUGGACAAAGGUGCAUAAGUGUAUGCAUUGGUGAAUCUUUAAUACUUUCAGUGGGGGCCUGUAAUAAACUUCAUUUAAGACAAUGAAGCUUUCUGAAAUAGCCAUGUGUUUUAUACUUUUCUUGUUCCCUCCUGACCUGGAAGGUAUGGGAAGCCUCUGUAAAGGUGUUGGCUUUCUUCCUGAUUUCAUGUUCACAAAGGCACCAAAAUCCUAAACUGACUCUUCCUCUUAAUGUUCUUGGGGCUGGGAAGGGGACAACCUAUCUAUGCAAACCCUGCAUUAUACAAAGUGUGUACUGUCACUCCAGAACUAUGAUGCUUCCCCCCUACCCAAAAAAAAACCCCUCCAUGCCCUCUCUCUGCACCACUGAGCUCUAGUUGACUCUCUCACCUGACAACUUUUCAGAGGUGAUAAGAACUGCUUGGAUUAUAGAAUCAUUGUUGUCCUUGCUGUAAGUGCCAGCCCACAUCUGAUGAAGUGCAUGCUCUGUAGGGCAGCUGUAAGGAAACAAAGUCUCCCUCUCUCUCAUACUCUAUCCAGUGCAGAAUUGUUUUCUAGGGUGCUUUGCCCAUGGCUUCCAUCACUUCAGUAGCUGCAGUGUCCUGUUUGGGAAUACUGCAGUUGGACUUGUUGUAGUGGGGACUUGUCUUUUUGGAAGACAAAAUGCUGUAGGUGCAUGCUCUUCUCACCUAACUAGAACUACAUGUUUAGGAUUUUGCAACACACUGUUCUGUAUUACACAGCCAUCUAAUUGUGGCUUUUCUAGUCAGACCGACUCUGCUGCUUUGUUCUGUGUAUGCAGUGUUUCCUCACACAUGCAUGCGCACACUUCUAGGGAUAACCUCCUCAGUGCCAUAUGUGCAAGAGGUUAGACCAGGAAAAUCAAAUCACCUGCACAGAGCUGGAGUAACAGUUUGUCUAUAUAUGUUGACACAGCAACUUUUCCAAGGGUUGUGUUUCUGUUGAGUAACUGUAUUUCAAAUUAUUCUUUUCCCUAGUUAUCACCUUUCAGUUUUCUCCAAUCUUCUGUUCCUUUUCUUUAGUUCUUUAGUCUGAGAUAUUUGGUGCUUUUUGUCUUCUGUUACAGUAUUUGAACUAAAUACAUGGAGAAGAAAUAUUGAAGCAGGAUGUACUGUGUGUUGUCUGCCCUGUACUCCCAUCCUGAAUGCUGCAUUUCUGUUCCUCAGUGCUUGUCUUCAAUUCACGUUGGUCUUAUUACUGCACCUACCCGUUGUUCUCCUUUCCUCCUCUAUUACUUUUUUCUACCUGUUAAAAUGAUCAGGGUUUUUUCAGCAUGAUUUAUUCUUAAUAAAGCCAUGCUACUCAUGAGUUUUUCUGC